AUGUCCCGGUUGUUCUUCCCAUGCCGUCGUUGUUUCUCUACCGCAACCGCUUCCGCCACCGCCACCCAACCAUCUAUCACUAACGGUAACGACCCAGUUACAUUUAUAGCCACGCUCUUGUCUAAAACUACUCGUAUACAACAAUUGAACCAAAUAUACGCCCACAUUCUCCUAACGCGCUUUUUGGAAUCCAAUCCCGCUUCUUUCAAUUGGAACAACAUCAUCAGGUCUUACACUAGGCUAGAAUCGCCUCAAAACGCGCUUCGUAUCUAUGUUUCGAUGUCGCGUGCCGGGGUUUUCCCCGACCGGUAUACUCUUCCGAUUGCUCUUAAGGCAGUGUGUCAAUCUUUUGCAAUUGAGCUUGGUAAACAGGUUCAUUCGAAUGGUAUAAAGCUUGGGCUUCAAUCCAAUGAGUAUUGUGAAACUGGGUUUAUAAAUUUGUAUUGUAAAGCUGGUGAUUUUGAUAGUGCGUGUAAGGUGUUUGACGAAAAUCCUGACCCAAAGCUUGGUUCUUGGAAUGCUGUAAUUGGUGGGUUAUCACAAGGUGGACUUUCCAUGGAUGCUAUACAUGUGUUUCUUAAUAUGAGGAGGCGUGGAUUUGAACCGGAUGGGAUUACCAUGGUUAGUGUUACAUCGGCUUGUGGAAGUGUUGGCGACUUGUACUUGGCAUUGCAAUUGCAUAAAUUUGUUUUUCAGGCGAAAGCUAGCGAGAAGACUGAUAUUUUAAUGUCGAAUUCGUUGAUUGAUAUGUAUGGAAAGUGUGGGCGGAUGGACUUGGCUUAUAGAGUUUUUGCAGAGAUGGAGGAACGGAAUGUGUCGUCGUGGACAUCAAUGAUUGUGGGUUAUGCGAUGCAUGGACAUGUGAAGGAGGCUCUUGAUUGCUUUCGGUGUAUGAGGGAGUCGGGUGUGAAGCCUAAUUAUGUGACUUUUAUUGGAGUGCUCAGUGCUUGUGUGCAUGGAGGGACGGUUCAAGAAGGAAGAUUUUACUUUGAUAUGAUGAAGAAUGUUUAUGGCAUAACACCCAAACUGCAACAUUUUGGAUGUAUGGUGGAUUUGCUAGGUCGGGCGGGAUUGUUCAACGAUGCGAGGAGAAUGGUGGAGGAGAUGCCCAUGAAGCCGAAUUCAGUAGUAUGGGGGUGUUUGAUGGGUGCUUGUGAGAAAUAUGGGAAUGUGGAUAUGGCAGAGUGGGUAGCUGAGCAUUUGCAAGCAUUGGAACCGUCGAAUGAAGGCGUUUACGUCGUUCUGUCAAAUAUCUAUGCCAAUAAAGGCUUAUGGAAGGAAGUGGAGAGAAUACGAUCAUUCAUGAAAGAAGAAAGUCUUGCCAAGGUUCCUGCUUAUAGCAUCACAACAAAUUCAGAUUGA